GAGUUUGAACCUGCUUACGAACGAUUUUGUUCAUUUAUAAUCCCAGGGGCGAGAAGCCUCCCCUAAUUUUGGCGCGAAAAGAAGACCCAUGUGUACUUUAUUAUUAUACAAUUACACAUAGAUACAGAUAUAUAUGAAACAAAGAAAGCAUUAUGAUCUGAGAGAAGAGAGAGGAAGUAGGGUUUAGGGUUUUUGGAAUACGAAAAUGGAGAACCGUAGAAUACGAAGCAGAGGAAUCGAAGUCAACACCAUGGCCAUCCUCGACGCCUCUGGAUUCGUAAAAGCCACCCAAGACCUCAGUGACGACAGGAUUACAUUUCUCGAAGCUGUUCGCUCUGCUUCUCUGGUUCCAGAUAAUGGAAUCGCCCCAACCUACAAAAUGUUUGAGGCAAUUUUCCAGAUCUUGAAGGAAGAGAAUUCAUUAGAACUGAUAAUGUCAAGUUAUCAGCUUCUAAAUGAGCUAGAUAAGCGUUACCCUCGCGUGUAUACAUCCAAAGUGGAAUUAUCAAAAUUACCUUCACCUAGCAAUGCUCCUGAAUUAGUUGUGGUCGAAGAGGCUUGGUCACCAUUUACGUUUGCCUCUGAUAGUGAGAGGGAUGGUGCUAAUAAAAACUCUGGUGAAUCAUUCGACUCCACUAGCUUUCAUCUUCUAAUACAAGAUCUUGUUAAAGUGGUCGUUCAAACAAAGUCUGAAGAAUUAGAAACAAAGUCCCUAAGGAACAUGUUACUCCUCCAGUACCUCACAAGUGUUCUUGAAGGAGAUUUUGUACCUCGUUACUCCAUUUGUAAAGACAUUAUGAACUGGAACCUUUUGAGGGAAUCAUUGCUAAACAUGCUUCUGGGGUCAAGAAGGAUAAGUUACAAAGGUUUAAUCAAGGAUUGCGUAUCAAUUAUGUGUGAAAUGUCUCAUGUUCAUACUGAAAUCAGUCAUGACAUUAGACUGCCCGAAAAUUCUGCGGUGGAGCAAUUAGAAGAUUGUGAUGCUGCUGUUGCAAUUUCUUUUCCUGAAGUAAAGAAGUGUACAUGUAUUGCUUUGCAGAAACUUCUGUUGAUGGCUAUGGAGCUAGAUACAUCAAAGAAGAAAGCAGAUAUAUUAGGCCUUACCACCAGAGCUGAUGGUUUGAGAACCCCUGCAGUGGAAAUAAUUCAAGAUGAACUUACUUACAACAGAGAUGCACUUUUCCCAUUUUUCCAGGUCUUUAAUGAACCUAAAUGGAAGCUAGAAUUAAUUAUACAGUAUUUUCAGAAGUACAUCGCUAAACCUUCUACCCGCACUCGGCAGUCAAGUGAUCCAAUGGACGAUGCAACAUAUGAUGGAAUUUUGAAGUCCUUUUCAAAUAGCAACUGUGCAAAAAAUAUCAUAAAGAAAAUCAGUGCAGAAGUAGCACAAUUGCUUCUAGCGCAUGCUUUUCAGGCUUAUUUGUCAUUAUCAUCCCAACAUUCAGCUGAAGGCAUCUGUCAGUCUAAGGAAGAUGUCAGGGAGAGCUCUCUGGUGGAAAUUUGCAAGAAUAUAAUAUCUGCCUUUACUAAUCUUAGAAGAAUAGACGAGUAAGGAACAUGGAAAUUUUACCUUUUGGAAAAGAAGCAUUGUUUACAGCAGCAACCAUCCUCUCAACGAAAUCAUAGGGUGCACCGUUUGAUUUCGUUGUGACUCGUGCUGAGCUAAACAGAAGCUAUAUUGCAAGCAAGGGUAUGUGAACACAAAUACAAGUAUGUGACUGGGCACAGCCAUUUUGUGUAGAACACUACGUACACCAGCAAGCUAAAAAGAGCAGCUAUCUAUCUUUUUUUGCCUAGGUUUGUUGGAAACAUUAUGAUGUAAGUUCAUAUGUGCAUGUAAAACUCAAAAUCGAUGAAUUGUGGUGACAAUUUUAAAUUCCUUUGACAGCCCAGUGGCAUUGUGAUUUUGUACAUUUUUUGUGCAACCACUAGUAUAUCAUUUCAAUUUAAGAUCCUUUCAGCGAUAGUA